GGUUUCAUUAAUGUACCAGGAAGGUGUGUGCGUUCUUUAUACUGACUGGGAGUAUGGAGACUGAUGUUAGCGUUAUUCGUUAUUGUUUGCUCUUUAUCUUCUCCCUCUUUCCUCACUGCGUGAACUGUGACGGUACUCUAUACGUAAAAUUAGAACGUUAUCAAAAUGACACUUGCGGAGGAUAUGCAGCAUUGGAUAAUACUUGCCAUUACAUUAUCUCACUCUCUGUCGAGUCCUACUUCUUCAGAGGAGGUGACCUGAUACAAAAAGCUGAUCAUUAUCAGCUGUCGGAUGACGGCAGACAAUUUAGUUUAAAACGGAAUCAAACAGAAAUCAAGUUCUCUGACUAUGAUACAACGUUCGGACCUGUGCCGAAUCCUUUUCCAAUAAAGAUGGUAGAAGGGACGAUAAACUUUACUUUGGCAGUAAAUAAUCCUGAGACAAGGAUAUUUAAUAAAACAUUCCUCUUUAACGCCGAUACCAUCAAGCCCAACUCAGUUGACCAGUUCUACAAGGACUACUCAACAGGUACCCUCGCUUUCUCCACAAGGUUACAAUGUGAUCCAAAUUUUACUGGGACAGGAUGUAAAGAUUGUGAAGAUGGGUUGUACGGUAAGAAGUGUGCGGUGAAAUGUACACAUAACCUCAACUACACCUGUCACCCUGAUACAGGCAGGAAGGUCUGUAAAGAGAGCCAUUACGGGGAGGACUGUGAGCGGUACUGUAAAGAUACAACACGUUACACUUGCACUGAUCAUGGGAACAAGCUGUGUAAAUACCCUGCUGUAGGAGGUGACUGCGAGAAGAACACAACAUGUGCCGAAAACCAAUACGGAGCAGCGUGUAACAUGACGUGUCAUCCUGUACCAGGGCAGUUCCUAUGCGGAGAAGACGGUGCGAGAGUGUGUGAGGAACCCUUUACUGGUUCGAACUGUAGCUCCUGCUCCGAUGACCACUAUGGCGUGAACUGUAACAUCACGUGCGUACCCCAAACGUCGCACUACACGUGCAGUUCUACUGGUGCACGUGUGUGUGAAGCUGGUUGGAAGGGGGAGGAGUGCGCGCAUUGUGAAGACAUGUGGUUUGGGGGGCAGUGUCAGGUAUUUUGUAACACCAGCUCCCCCCACUACACCUGUACUAUCCAAGGUAACAGAAUAUGUACUGGUAACCGGGUUGGUGAGCAGUGUGACUCUUGUCAGACCGACUUCUACGGAGAUGACUGUCAGGUGAGCUGUGAGAAAAACCGCUAUUGGACAUGCAAUAAGUUGACAGGUGAGAAGAUUUGUAAGGAGAAGCACUGGUCUGUUGACAGCUGCAAAUCUUGUAAUAAAGACUGGUACCCUUGCACGUACUGUGCCGAGACUGAUAAAUACACCUGUACUAACAAAGGAGAGAAACUCUGCAAGUCCACCUGGUACGGUGAGGAUUGUAAUAUAUACUGCAAGGAGACACAGAGAUACACUUGUCUUGACAGUGGUGGUAUUCAGUGCAAGAGAAACUAUACAGGAGAAGAGAAUAUGUGCAGCUCGUGUAUAGAUAACCACUAUGGUACAUCAUGUGAAGUGUCUUGUUUAGAAACUUUGUUCAAGGAAUGUGAUCCACUAACCGGAGCUGUACGAUGUAAGCCAGGUCGCUACGGUCUCCCCACGUGUAGUAAAUCCUGCAACAUCUCCUCCCCUCUCUACACGUGCACUGAGCACGGAGAUAAGGACUGUAAAGGUAACAGAGAUGGCAGUACAGAGUGUGAGACCUGUCUUGUAAACUGGUACGGAGCUGAGUGUAACGUGCACUGUGUAACAGAUCACCCUAACAAACACUGUUCUAACAAUGGCAGUCUCCUCUGCAAACAGGGCUGGGCGGGACGGGAAUGUUUGGAAUGUGACGCGCACUGGUACGGGCACACGUGCAAUGAAGAAGAGUGGUUCAGUCGGACGUGCAGGAAAACGUGUGAUACGUACUGUGAGGAUUUAGUGGCGUACAAGUGUAACGGUGAUGGUGUGUUGGAGAUGAGCGCUGAGUUUGCUGAUGAGUGGUUACAGGAGAGAGAUCCUUACAGGUACUGGAAGGUGUUUCUUAUUAUAGCCACCACUAUCUUCGUGUACGCUGUAGCUACUUUCCUUAUGUAUAAGAUAGCGUUCUGUUGGUGCCCUUACAGUGAGACAAAAUAAUAUCACCCUGAAACCAAACCGGAGGAAAGACAAUUCUGUUUGGUUGUGAUAAAUCGUUCAAUAUUUUGUUACCCAGUUUUUUUAUAAAUGAUGUUUUGCUGAUUGCACUUUUUAUCUAGUAGACAAGCGUAUUGUGAAGUACAACCCAAUUUGCACAGUUGGAGGACUAUGACUAUGGAAAUUGUCACCGUAGACCCUAUAUAUUUAAUAUCCUUUGAAGACUCAAUAUCAAUACUAUGAAUAUAUCAUAAACUAUGAUUACAUUAUGCUCCUUAACUACAGUGUAACCUCUAUAAUAUAUAUAUAUACCAGGCCUCUUCAAAUCAGCCCAAUCCCCAGUAUAUUUAGCCUCUCAAAUAACCUGAAAUAAGGCCUGGUUUAUCGAGGGCCCCAGUUUAAUAGAGAGGCCCGAUAUAGAGAGGUUUGACUGUAUUUAUUUUGGCUGUAUUUAUUUUGGGUCCUUUUUGUUAAAUUCCAGUAUAAUUUUCACACGGAACUUUUCUAUUGCCAGCAUUUUAAAACUUAAUUUGUAUCUAAU